GUGUGGCUGGGCUCACAGAUUAUCACCGUUUAGCAGUUAAACGCUAAAAGGGAAACAAUAGGAAAUAAAAGUGGUCAAAUCAGAGCUGAUCCACGUUCAUGACUUUAAACGGAAACUGUUUGUAUUUGAGCCAGUUUCUGUGGAUUACAAAACUUGCUCGGCUGCAGGAGAUCGUAGCAAAAAAUAGACGAUUAUUAGUAUUUAUUCUAAAGUGGUGGCGAGAGUAAACGAUUAUGAAAUAUUACAAAACAAACACGCUGCAAGUGCGAUGUGAGCGCAGCCUAUAGAUGAGGAAGAGGAGGGGGGGCGACUUUCAGAUGACAUUGAGGCUGUGUAGAUUGGAGUUGAGUCUGUGGUUGUUGAUGUUACUCGCACAAGGCGAAGCGGCUGCUGCCCGCGUUGAUUCAGCCUCCUCCUCCUCUUCCUCCUCUUCCUCCUCCUGGUCUUCAGCACUGAUCCCCGCUGGACAGCUCCCGCUUGGACACCGCGGACGCUGCAUGGUUCCUUAAAGUCUUUUAAUGGAAGUAAAACCUAUUUAUGUCCCAAGAAAUACCGGGAGUUUACAACUUCAUCCACAAGAGGAAUCCGCGGAUACCUCGUUUGAAGAUUUGUGUCAGGCGGCGCAUCCUCGGCAGAGCCCAUCACAGAGCCAUUGUUAACGGCGACUGACGAGCCGUGUGUGCGCAGGCUUCGUCUCCAGACAUUUGGUCCAAAGGUUAGGUCUGAAAACCGCGAAGCUGCUGUCUACGUGGACUGGUGCUGAAGUCUCCCGUCCGACUGCCAGGACCUUUGCCAAAUCCAGAGACAUGGCGACGAACGGCACCAAAGCGGAUGGACAAGUCACAGAACUGAACGAGGUGGCCGCCAACAAUGACAAACCCAAAUCUCUGGACGUGAAACCCGACAAGCAGAAAAACGAGUUGCCUGCGAGAGAAACAUGGGUGGGAAAAUUUGAUUUCCUCCUGUCGUGCGUGGGUUAUGCAAUUGGACUGGGGAACGUGUGGAGAUUUCCCUACCUCUGUGGAAAGAACGGCGGAGGAGCCUUCUUGAUCCCCUAUUUUCUGACCCUCAUAUUUGCUGGGGUCCCCUUGUUUCUACUGGAAUGCUCCCUGGGUCAAUACACCUCUAUUGGGGGGCUGGGUGUGUGGAAGCUGGCUCCUAUGUUUAAAGGUGUGGGCCUCGCAGCAGCUGUUCUGUCCUUCUGGCUAAACAUUUACUACAUUGUAAUCAUUGCUUGGGCCAUUUACUAUCUGUACAACUCCUUCACCACUGAACUUCCAUGGAGCUCGUGCAACAACGCAUGGAACACAGAGCAGUGUUACACAAACUACUCCAUCGCAGACACCACCAACCUCACCAGUGCAGUGGUGGAGUUCUGGGAGCGCAACGUGCAUGAAAUGACCAAUGGCUUGGAAAAACCAGGCCAGAUCCGAGUGCCACUGGCAAUAACACUGGCCAUCGCCUGGGUCCUGGUGUACUUCUGCAUCUGGAAAGGGGUUAGCUGGACGGGGAAGGUGGUUUACUUCUCGGCGACGUAUCCUUACUUCAUGCUGUUCAUCCUCUUCAUCCGUGGGGUGACGCUCCCUGGAGCCAAGGAGGGAAUCAUGUUCUAUAUCACCCCUGACUUCGAGAAGCUCAAGCAGUCUGAGGUGUGGCUGGAUGCGGCCACGCAGAUCUUCUUCUCCUACGGACUGGGCCUGGGCUCGCUCAUAGCUCUGGGCAGCUACAACCCCUUCAACAACAAUGUUUACAGAGACUCUGUCAUCGUUUGCUGUAUCAACUCGUGCACCAGCAUGUUUGCCGGCUUUGUCAUCUUCUCCAUCGUUGGCUUCAUGGCGCACGUGACAAAAAAAGACAUAGCCGACGUGGCGGCCUCAGGUCCGGGCCUGGCCUUCCUGGCCUACCCAGAGGCCGUGACCCAGCUGCCCGUGUCUCCUCUCUGGGCCAUUCUCUUCUUCUCCAUGCUGCUCAUGCUGGGGAUCGACAGUCAGUUCUGCACUGUUGAAGGCUUCAUCACUGCUCUGGUGGAUGAGUUUCCCAGAGUCCUUAGGGGCAGACGGGAGAUCUUCAUCGCCGUGGUGUGUCUGGUUUCCUAUGUGAUCGGCCUGUCCAACAUCACGCAGGGUGGGAUCUAUGUGUUCAAACUGUUUGACUACUACUCUGCCAGUGGAAUGUGUCUGCUGUUCUUGGUCUUCUUUGAAUGCAUCUCCAUAUCCUGGUGCUACGGUGUGAACAAGUUCUAUGACAACAUCCAGGAGAUGAUUGGCUACAGGCCCUGUAUAUGGUGGAAGAUGUGCUGGGUCGUCUUCACCCCUCUCGUCGUGGCUGGGGUGUUCCUGUUCAGCGCCGUACAAAUGGUUCCUCUCACCAUGGGAGACUACGUGUUCCCGGGCUGGGGCCAGGGCGUGGGCUGGCUCAUGGCGCUCUCCUCCAUGGUCCUCAUACCAGGAUACAUGAUCUACAUGUAUCUGGGACUCAAAGGCACCUACAAAGAGCGACUUCGGAUCAUGCUUCAGCCUCCUGCCGUUACCAGACGACCUCAGGAGAACGGACCGGAGCAGCAGGCGGAAACCAACACUGCCAACCUGUCCAGCCCGGUCAACCCCGCCAGCCCCACCGGACCCGCCCCGGUCAACUCCACCGGGCCGGCGAGCCCGGCCAACCCGCCCGCGGCCUCCAGCCCGGUGAACCCGGCCACCGGGCCCAGCGCCAGCGCCACCGUCACCACCACCAUCACCACCACCGCCACCACCACCAGUCCAGCCAGCGCCGCCACCGUCAGCCCCACCAGCGCCGCGCCCAAACCCCUCAGCCCGACGGAGGCCGUGAGCCCCGUGAACCCCAGCAGCCCCACCACCAACCUGACCACCGCCGAGGCCAACGUGUAGAAGGCAGAAACCCUCAUGGAGCGUGCAGACAAACCAGAACGCUACAAAGGACUUCCACCAUUUUAAUUGAUUCACCUACCUCCAGGGGAAACGUGAUCAACACCGAUUUUCCAAACACCUUUAAUUUUUCUGCAUUUGUAAAACCGAGCCAACGAUGUCUCGUUGGCGGUUUGUAUCCUGAAAACAAUAUCAGAGACUGUUAGUGUCACCAAUACAUAAAUCUGAACAAAAAAAAGAAAACAUACUGUGUAAUACUGUGAGAAAAGAAAAACAUAGACAUAUAGAUUAGAGAUUGUUGAAUAUACUCAUGAAUUAAGUAAAUACCGUGUGAAUAUAGUAGAUGAAGUAGUGAACACAACUGACAUUAUUGAGAGUGCGAGCGGCGGCGGCGGCGGCGGCGCUUUUAUUGUGGAUGUUAACAAAACCUCUUUUUCCAAAUGUUGCACUCUGUGAGGAAAAGAAAGCACAACGCGACAAGACGUGACCCAGUGUACGACUCCGUGUGUGAGAGACUGUUACUUUACUUUACGUUUAGCAAAAAAAGACAAAACCUUUGAUGUGAUUGAGUUCUUUCUAGGGUGUUUUCUACUACAUGUGUUGUGAUGGAGGACCAAAACCUAUAGGCAGCGAAAGCAAAAACUAUGCCAUCAGUGUUGGGCUGGAGAAGCACAGGGUACGAAGACAGAAAAAAAGCACAGGGUCACAGCCGGCGCGUCCCUAACGCUGACAGUCAGUCCUGUUUACCUUUACGUUCUGCAUGCUUUCCUCAGGAACGUCAGUCUCCUGCCAAACUAAGUAGAAAAGAAGGCGAGUGAGCGGGCGAGCGAGAGAGAGAGAGAGCGCGUGGAGCCCCACGCAGCCACAGUUCGUCUGGACUGGGCCCAAAGCAGGAAACACAUGCAACCAGGACCAACUGUGUGUCGAGUGCAGUCGUUUCUUUUCUUUUCUUUUCUGUGUGUGUAGUUCAAUAUGUAUGCAGCAAUACAUAUGUAGAUGUGCAGGCGCAGGCCAGGGGGCGGGCGGGCGCUUCCCAUUGGUUUCUGUUGUCUUUGCUUUCCUAGUGACAAGCACAAAGCUUUAAGUUCCCCAGACCUUUGCCGUGACGGCGCGUGAGGACAAUGUCAGUUUGCUUCUAUGGCAGCUACAGCGAAAGGCCUCUGGUUGAACAGAACACGUUUACUCUGAAAAGCAAAGCAACUGAGCAAAAAUGUGAAAUGGCUCCAGUUCAUGUCCUGUGAAUUUUGUAUAAAGUUACUCUGCCACAGUUUUCUCUGGAACCUUGUCGUAACCGUACUGUGUGAAACAUGUAACUGUGAAUGUCUGUAAUACAUUGGAAGUUAUUGUCUAAAUGUUGAAAAAACGGAGUUGCUGUUUUCUGCAAUAAUAUUUUGAUCACAGAAGCUAAAGCACAUAUCGUACAGAAAUAUACAAGAUGAUGAUGACAAUGAAGAUACUGAGGAUUAUAUUCAAAAUAGAAACUAUGUCUAGUAAAACAAUAUUGUUUUGUAUAUUUUUAACUGUCUCACUGCCUAAUGUAAAACAUAAUAUAAACAUGAUAUGUAUCUAAAUGGUGUCAAAUGAUCAAAGCACGAUUGUUAUGUUAUACAAACAGAAAAAGACUGAAAAAUAAAGAGUUAUAGAAAAUCUAAA